GAUUAGUUUCCAGUUCCAGGAAGUGCUUGAGCGUGUCCCUAAAAUGUAGAUUUUUACAAUAAAUAUAUAUUUAUAGAUAUAUAGACAUAUUUAACUUUCCGCCCCUAAAAUACUACAAUACAUCUCAUUUCAAAAGCUAUUGAUUAAAACCGACAUAUAGAAAUUUUCUGUUAUAACACUGUCUCCUCAGACAGCUCAUGGAGUUUCCAGAAGGCUUUAACCAGCUGGAGCUGUUAGAAAGCCACGGCCACAUGAUCCCUGUGGGGACGGAGAGUGCCUGGGAUGAGGAGGAAGAUAGUGAGGAUGAGGAUGAAGGCCAGCACAGUGAGGAGUGGUACCAACAACAGGAACUCAGACGAAAAGACAAUCCGGUGGAGCUGAUGCUCUGGGCUGCUGAGAAGAACCGAUUGUCCACAGUGGAGCGUCUGGCUGCGUCUGAUGCAUCCCUCAUUAAUUGCCGUGACGAUGAUGGUUACACGCCUCUCCACCGUGCGUCGUACAGCGGCCACGUGCUCGUUGUGUCGUUCCUCUUGGACUCGGGUGCUGAUUUACACGCCAGGACAGUGGACGGCUGGACGCCUCUGCACAGCGCCUCCCACUGGGGACACACUGCCAUCGCAUCAUGCCUCCUGCGCCGGGGGUCAGAAGUCAACACCACGACAAAUGGUCAGCUUACAGCUCUACAGCUUGCGGCGGGAAACCCUGCAGCACCGCAGACCCUGGAGCUUCUGCUGUCGCAGCGCACCCUGCAGGCAGGACUGAGGAACAGCGCCGGGGAGACGGCGUACGACAUCGCACUCAGGAAAAGCGCACACUACGGCCUGUUCGAGAUCACAGAGCCGUGCAAUAACAUCUACUGAGGUCCAGGUAGACACUUUUUGGACAAAAUGGAGCGUGGAGGAAGUAAGAGGUCUCUGACAGGAAGGAAAAAGAGAAACUCAGACGGAGAGAAAUGCUGCUGUGACUGAAGAAUCGCUUUUAUUAAUUAAACAUAACAGAACUAGGGCUGCAUCGAUAGUGAUACAGGAAUCAGUAUAAUUCUGAUAUCAUGUUCAUUUACUCGUGACAGAAUUCUCCAGUAUGUAAUAGCAGGUGGUACUGUGUGGUUUAAUCUAAUGAUUUAAGCUAAAAACGCCAGCGAGCUGGAUGUGUUUCAUGAUUACGACUGCACACUGUGAGUAUCAUAAAUAUAAAAUGUAAAACUCAGCAUGAGGAGUUCAUCACUAGCAACGAGAAAAAAUUACAGCUCUCGUGUUCCAGUGUGGUUUUGACAUCGAGAGACUCCGACUUGCUGAAGAAAAAAAAUCUGUAAGUAAUGGAGCUCGAUGAUGCACUUCAUUUUUAUUCAAAUCAGCGGUCUGGUUAUAAAGAGCGAGUCUGGGAGUGGAAGGGCAGGAACACACGUGUGCCACGAUUUAAACUGUGGAAACAUAAACAGAGCGAAAUAAAAUGUUCGGUGUGAUAGAAUGGUAUUCAUGCAUCCCUGAUUUUUUACUAAGAAACUGAAAUAAAGAGGAACUAUAAAAGAUUGCUGGUAUUGUGACAGUCUUGUGUCCUUAUGGAUGAUUUAUUUACACAGGGAAAAGGACAGCAGGGCGUGGCUCGUCUUUUCAUUCCCAAAAACAAACAGGCUGAGUACUGAACCCUGUGGAACCCCUCGUGUGGAUCAGCGUCUAAACAUAAUGUCCUGAGCAACAAUAACACGAAUAAAGUACUGAUAAAGUCUGGCGUCAUGAUGGUCAUUUGGGCAAUCAAUAAAUAACAAACAGGAAGUGAA